UGUUUAGGUAUAAUUUUAAAUGUCUCUACACUAUUGUUUUAUUUGGUAAUUCUUUAUUCCAAUAUGUUUCUGUACAGUGAUGAACCCCCUGAAUGGGCUGCAGAAGCUAAUAAAGUACAACCAACCUGGCCAAAGGUUUGGCCUUCAAAACUUGAUCAAAAUCCUGAUUUUCAAACAGAUUUUAAUUUUAAGAAAUCAGAGGUAUGGGUGGACCCACGAUACCCAUUUGAGUAUGUGAAAAGAUUCGACUGGGGGGCAAAAGACCCCAAAUUCUUUGCUCCUUUGGAUACACCCUGUGAAUACCUUGUUACUGAGAUGACAGGCACACAUCAAUGUAUGUUCCAUGAAGACUGCAUAAGAGUCUGUCGGAAACUUCAGGAACAGCAUAUGACCGAAGGAAAAGAUGUUCCGGACAUUAAGUACAGUUUCCUAGUUGGUGGAAAUGGUUUUGUGUAUGAAGGACGAGGCUUUGAUGUGCAAAUUUACCACACAAACCCUGAAAGAGCCGAAGAGUCUUGGCAGAAGCUUGACUGGAAUGGAAAAUGUCUCAUAUUUGCUUACAUAGCUCCAUACGAUGAAAUGCCGAAUGAGAAAGCUAUGUUGACAAUGAGAGAUUUGAUAGCAAUGGCUCUUGCCAAAAAGUAUUUGAAGAAAGACUUUUUACGGAUUCCUGGGUUUUUUUCAAAACCUGAUCCAAAAUUAGUGAAAUAACAUCUCUUCUUCAACUUUAUUUAGUAUACUUAAUCUUACUCCUGCUGCUACUGAAAACCUAGUUGAUUUUCAUGGUUGAUAGAAAAAAUAUCGUCGCUUAAGAAAUAACACCGCCUAAGUGACAUUUUUGGCAAAAUUGAGAUUUUUGUAUCUCUAUGGAAACCUAUGCAUUUUACACGUCCUUGCGACGUAGUUUAAUGAA